UGCCCCUUUAAUCAUCCCGGGUUUUAGGUGCAGUAAGUCGGAUUCAACCACUAGAGUUCUCCCUCUGGUUCACCAGCUCCGCUCGGCUGUGUUGGCGCUGUCUGUGUUUACCUCCCAGCCCAGCGCUGCUGUACUGCGGCCAGCUGGACACAAACCACCAUCCACAGCCUCAACUAGCCCGAAAAAUACUAAUGUAAGCUGCCUCGCGUUCAAUCCUUCGCGGAUUUCCUGCAGCGCCGUGUGUUAGUGACACUGUAGCAAAGUUGUGAUGAAUAAGGAAAUCAUGUCACGUGUGGUGAAGAAGAGGCAGGCGGACCCCAAGGUGGUCCAGUAUGUGUGGGCGGCCAUUGAGGUCAUCCGCAACCAGAAACAAAUUGCAAACAUGGACAGGAUCUCCAAGUACCUGAGUCGUGUGUUUGGCAUGCACCCUAAGGAGACUGCCAGACAGCUGAGCUUGGCUGUGAAGGACGGCCUGGUGGUGGAGACCCUGACUGUUGGCUGCAAGGGCUCCAAGGCCGGCAUAGAGCAGGAAGGAUACUGGCUUCCCGGGGAUGAGAUGGAGCCGAAAGCCGAGGGAAGCAAGGAGUGGGAGGCAGAGAGCCACGACUGGUAUUGCUUCGAGUGUCACCUACCGGGCGACGUCCUCACAUGUGACAACUGCUUCCGUGUUUACCACCUCAAGUGUCUGUCGGAGGAGUUCAAGCCCAGAGAUGGUGGAUCCCACUGGCAGUGUGUCGCCUGCAGGGGCAGUAAAAAGAAGAACCUGAACAAACAGGAGAUGAGUAAAUACCUGCGCUUCAUUGUUCAGCGUAUGAAGGAGAGGGCAGUGGACCUGAACAAGAAAGGCAAAGACACUAAACAUCCCAUGUACAAACGGCUGAUCCACACUGCGCUGGACGUCUCAAACAUCCAGGAGAACCUGUCUGAAGGAAAAUAUAAAAGCUUCGAGGAGUUCAAAGCAGACGCUCAGCUGAUUGUUCACAACACCGCCAUCUUGUAUGGAGUUCACAGCGACCAGGCAGAGAUCGCACGGCUGCUCUUCAGCGACACAUGCCACGAGUUGAAUGAGUUGUUGUUGUGUAAGAACUGUUUCUACCUGUCGAACGCCCGGCCAGACAACUGGUUCUGUUAUCCAUGUAGCCCCAGCCAUGACUUAGUGUGGGCCAAGAUGAAAGGAUUUGGCUACUGGCCGGCCAAAGUCCUUCAGAGGGAGGACAACCAGGUGGACGUACGCUUCUUUGGCCACCAGCACCAGAGAGCGUGGAUCCCGUCAGACAACAUCCAGGACAUCAAGGUGAGCGUCCAGCAGCUGCAGGUGAAGCGCAGUAACGGUUGGAAGAAGGCAUGUGAGGAACUGGAGCUCUACCAGCGCUUCCUGAGGGAAGGCCGCUUCUGGAAAACAAAGAUGGAGGAGAGCAGCAUGCCGCACCAGCAUCUCCAGCAAAACCAGAGCCAGCGGCAGCAACAGGAGGGCAGCGGCAGGACGGACAGGCUGGAGCGGACAGACGAAGCCGAGUCCAGCAUCUCCUCCACCAGCAACGAGCAGGUCCGACAUCUCAAAGGCAGCCAGGAGCCCAAAGCUAAGAAAAGCCGUCGAUCUCAAAUGGUCGAGCCCAAAGAAGAAGCCAGUGACCCGGAGCCAGAGAUGGAGGCGGUCAGCUCCAGCCAGGAGAUCCCGGUGUCCUCGGCGCCCCAGCAGCCCGAGAAGCUGUCGGUGUCCACGCAGACCAAGAAGGCCAACGGAGGGUCCCCACGCACACUGCACCGCGGCACCCAGACCAACAGCGACGGCGCCUGCCAGAACAUGUGCCACGAGAAGUACACCAAGGUCUUCAAUGACGUCAAGGAGAUGAUGAAGGCCGACAACAAGAGGGAGACGGAGAGGGUCGUCAGAGAGGCUCUGGAGAAGCUCCGUGCGGAGAUGGAGGAGGAGAAGCGUCAGGCGGUGAGUAAGGCAGUGGCCGGAGCACAGGCGGAGAUGGAGAGGAAGUGUAAGCAGGUGAAGGAGAAGUGUAAAGAGGAGCUGGUGGAGGAGGUGAAGAAGCUGGUGGCCCAACACAAACAGCUCAUCUCCCAGACCAAGAAGAAGCAGUGGUGUUAUAACUGUGAGGAGGAGGCCAUGUACCACUGCUGCUGGAACACCUCGUACUGCUCCAUCAAGUGUCAGCAGGAGCACUGGCACGCUGACCACAAACGAACCUGCCGCAGGAAGAGAUGAACAAGCCCCGCCCCUCCUGACCCUACACAGCACGCCAUUGGCUCUCAUCCUCUCCUCCUUCUGUCAGUCAGUGUCUACAACACACACAUACACACACCUCUCUCUCCUGCGUCUCUACUUGCCUUCCUGAAAACUUUGUGGACCCGAUGUUUUCUGCGUGAAAAGAGCAAUUUGUUCCCUUUAUUGUUUUUAAUUUUGUUUCUAUUAUUUAAUGUACCCAUUAUAUUGAUUUUUCUUUCUAUAUUUUGUUAAUUUUCCCCUAUGAAUCUUGAACAGAUUGCUCGAGAGCAUGGCUCGAAUGCAGUUAUGGUAUGAUUUUGUGUUGUUUCUUUUGACUUCUGUUUUUUCUUUUUACUGAAGUGCUAAUUUUGAGCUCGUGUCAGAGAAUGUGUUAUUUAAGUGUUUAGUAACAGAUGAACAUUAACUGAAUACAUUUUAUUACCUGAAUUUUUAAAUCACUUUUCUUACUGUAAAUGCAGCAAAUACACACCGUCGAUCUUACAAAAAAAACAUACCGUAAGUACCAUCGCAACAUUGAACUAGCUCUGCUUUCAUAGAGAAAACCUAUUUAAAAAAUAACAAAAAACUGCAUAAGAUCUUGAAUAGUGGACGACAUGGCUCACAGACGUUAAUAUAUUGUUGUUUUUUUCAUGGGACUAGUGCGGUGGAUAGCACCUUUUAUCAUUUCUACCUAAAAUCUUAUUGUCCUCAAGUCACUUAUUGGGAACAGGGUCACGAGGUCGGCCUUAAAAGGCGCCGACAGAAUAAAUCUUCCAUUUAUUAUUAUUAAAAUUAAUAUUAUUAUGCACAUUUUUGGGAUCUUUUUUUUUUUAAUAGACUGUAAUUUUUAUGAGUCAGAUAUUAAAAAAAAAAGAAAUAUCAAGUUUUUAAUUUGUUCUAAAUUGGAGAAAUGUAUAGAGCAAUCUUUACUGAGCUGGAUCUUAGAGAGGUUCCACGAUUUGACAGUUUUUCCACUUUUUUGCACACUUCGUUUUCUUAACAACCCAAAUGCUUGUAAUAUUGCCAAAAACUCUGACAUUUUGUUGAACCUACCUGAGACGAUCUGGUGAGUCCUCCCUCCCCUGCGCCCUCCUACAAGUGAAACAAUGAUGUAUAUUUUUCCGGGCUUCGUCAGUGUCAUUUUUGUAGUGAUGUACACUCGAAAUUCAUUCUCUCUUCUUUCUUUUUUUUAACUUGAAGUGAUUAGCUAUGAGACUUUUUCACUGCUUAUGCUGUGGUUGGUGGUCAGUGCCUGUUUCUACUUUUCUUUUCUCAUCCUCUUACUCCCCGUGAGGCUACAUGCAUGUUGAUAGUUUCAUAGUCUUUUAAAAAAAAAAAACAAAAAAACAAUUUUAUCAACGGUAAAACAAAAAAAGAAGAGAAGACCAGAAGCUCGCUGGUGUCUAAUAAGCAGUGACGACGGAUGGACCAAUAUAAAACAUUAUGCAAAUGUGAAUGAUCAAAUUAAUCUUUUCUAUAGUUUUCUCUGCGCUGGAUGUCUAUGGUGUAUAAAUAUGGUGCUUGGAAUACUUUUUUUUUUUUCCCAAAAGGGCAAUCAAAUUGCCAGUUUUUGAUUUUCUUUGAGAAGUGUGACACUUUUAAAGUUUGUUGACUGUUUCCUCAGUUAUGAAGAUUGACUGAACGGAGGAAAAUAACGUACAGACGCGUCGUUUUUUUACACACAGAUUGCUGUUAAUCAGUUUGUGCUUUUGUUAAGUGACAAAUAAAAUACCGUAAAUUCUCACAUAGUGGGCAGGACCUUUUUUUUAUAGAGAGAACAGGCUUUUAUAUCUAAUUAUCUUAUUAAUAUUAUCUUAUUUUAUCCUCGUGUUUAAGUCCCGUUGCUUCUUUUUGCUGUAAAUGAAAACUCAAAACUUCCUCCAUCAGUUCAGGUGGUAUACGUGUGCCAAUUCCACGCUACAUACUGAUUGUAUACAGUAUGUACUAUAUAUAAAUUGUCGUGGUAAAUGUUUUCUGCAGUUAGUAUAGAAGAAAUCAAGUUACUCUUCCAUUCUGUACUAACAGGAAAUAAUGCAAUUAAUGAGCCAACAGACAUCAAACAGAGACUUUGAAAUGUCAAAUACAUUUUUCUGAAAUCUUUCCAUAGCUAGCCUUGUCCCAAUUCUGUGCUACAGACUAACUGAAUCAAGUAUAUACUAUACUGACAUGAUACAAUACGUGCUAUAAAAUGUCAUUUAAAUUGCGACUUUAUAAUGCAACUGCCAAUUAACCUUAACCAUGAGAAAGCAAAAUGUUCUUGUAGAACCGCCAUCCACGGUUAGUUAAAUCUGUUCCAGCUCCUCCAAUUCCUUUUGUGCAUUGUAUUGUGGGACAAUAUUGUAAAUCAAGAUAGGGCUGCAGCUAAUGAUUAUUUUCAUUAUUGAUUAAUCUGUCCAUUAUUUUAUUUAUUUGUUUAAUCUAUAAAAUCCAGAAAAUGAUGAAAAUGCCGAUCACUAUUUCGCAAAGUCUUCAAAUUACUUGUUUUGUCCAUCCAGCACUCUAAGAUAUUGAAUUUAUAUAAAACCGUAAAGCAGCAAAUCCUCACUUCUGAGAAGCUGGAACCAGCAUAUAUCUGCCAUUUUGGCUUGAUAAACGAUUAGUUUGGUUCAAUUAUAAAAACAAUGUUGCCAGUGAAGUUUCAGUUCUACAUCUUUGUUUAGUCUGCACACUGAUUUUUUUUUUUUGUGUACUUAGUUUUCUUUUCCAGUGUGAGGUCGCUACAGACUCAAAACGUGCUUAGAAGUUGUGUGAAGUCUGGAAUUGGGACAUUGUUAUAAUCUCUUCCUCUCACCUGGAAGGCUGUUAAUGUGAAACAUGUACAGGAAGUGUUGAGUUUCAUAAACAGCAGCCUCAAGCAAAGGUUGGUGUUAUUCUAUAUUUUUCUUAUUGUCAACAAAUCCCUUUUUUUUUUUUAAAGGACCAAAACCAAGAAUUUGUUGGUCCGUCUCUUAAUACUUUCUGACUUCCUGUCUGUGUCUCUCAGCUCCAAGCCCAUUGGUUCCUACUGAAGACGUACAUCUUUAAAAACACCUGUUGUUGUUUUUUUUUUUUUAAACGGCUCAGUAGUUUCCUAGAACGGCUGGCCACUGGAGGAAAUAGUGCAUUUGUUGGGGACUAUUUUCAGCAGCGGAUUAAUCCACAUUUGGUGCUCUAGUGAGUGUUUGGGGCAGCAGGAAGGUGUGUGUGGGACUGAGUCAGAAUAAACUACAGUGUGUGUGUUCGUGGUGAUGAAGGAACAUGUCACGCAGUGCAACAGUGCGGCUCAUUGAUGUGUUUUUAAUAGUUUUUGGACAACAAUGGUGCUCUAUGGCACAGAGGAAGAAGAUAUAUCGGGCUUUGAUACACACACACACAAUUCUAGAUACAUUCAGUGUUUGUUUUUGGUUUUUUAAUGGGAUUUCAUGACUAAGAAAAAUGUAGAAACUUACUUUUGUAUAAGAACAAACUAUAUGAUUAUUAUUGUUUGAAGACAGUCCACUAUUGGAGAGAAUUUGCGGUAACUGUUGUUCCAGACUUUAAAGACUUAAAAUCUUCAGUCACUCGUCUCUGAGUCUUUCUUUGGAAACUCAUUUAAGUGUAUCACUUUAAGAUGUAACAUGUUAUUGUACAGUUCAGCUACUGUUUGACCUCUCUCUCCUCAUCCACUGAGUUUCUGAUUUAUUUGAUUUCUGGAAAGAGUUGUUUAAUGUUCUCUCACAGUUCUCCUCUGCAGGUCAAACAUGCCGUCGUUUUCUUUAUCAUCAUCAUUGCACUACAUGUAAAUAUGUCAUUCUGUCAAUAUCUCCUCUCUCAUAUUAUAUGUACAUUGUAAAUUAAUCCACAAAUAUUAGAUUUCAGCAGGUUUUUUUUCUUUUCUCUGUGUUCACAGCAAUCCUGAUGACUGUUAGUUCUAGUUUUGUACAAUGUACAACCGUUACAUCAGCUCCGGCUUCUGUUGUUACCACGACACUCUGAGGUUUGUGUCAUUUUCAACGUGUGUGUUUUCCUGGUCACUUUCAAUGUGUCCCAAUAUUUCAAUGCGUUUUGUUUUUAACGUCACGUAGAAAAUCUCCCAAUAUCUUCCCCCAAACCGACACACUUGUUGAAGGUGACACGUUUUAUGUUAUACACAUGUGACCUGCUUUCUUUGACUGUUUUUAUAUUCGUCCAUCCGGCCGUAAAAGUUUCAGUGUGAAGGUUAAAUUUUUUUUCGCCCUGACGUGGAAAACUUUUUGAUGUCAUUCCAGUUUGUAUCUGUUUUACUUUUGUUUUUGUUUUUUUACUGCAUGAGUAAAGGUGUGUGUAUCUCUGGCUCCUUCUCUCUCUUUUUUGUUUGUUUUGUUUUUCCUCCUCGUGUAAGAAAAGACAUAGUUGCACUCCCUCAGAGUAACGCAAUAUGACAAUGUUGAUUUUUAUUUUCUGGAACUUCAGUCGAGCUAAAUCUCAUCUUUGAAGCCGUUUUUAAGCUUAAAAAAGUGAGUAAAUUCAUCAGAUUGUCGCCCAUAACCAGACCUUUCAUUGUUCUUAUUCCAGUGUUUUAACACAUAAUACAAUGUGAGUACUAGAUUAAUUGUACUGAGCUUGUACUUGCAGAGUAUUUAUGUGCUUGUAACUGGAAUAAAACCAGUGUAAAGUUUCCUUUGUUCUCACCUCCUGUAGGUCAUCUUCUGUUCUGUCCAUAUGUAAACUAUUGAUUGUGGCUUAACAUUUUCUAUGCUCCCGACAUUUCUUUUUUUUUUAAGCUUUAGCUAGCAAUAUGUAUAUAAAUAUAUUCUAUGUGCUAACAUGGAGGAAAUAAAUGUAUCAACAAGU